AGCCUCGACUACCGAUCGGCAGCGCUUUUUGAGCAUGCUCAAAAAGUGUUGCAGGGCCCCUUUAAAAGUGAAAUGUGCGUGUGACAUUUUCUGCGCUAUUCGUCGAAAUGCCAGGGCACUGUUGUGUUCCCGGCUGCCGCGGGAACUACGACGGGGAGAAGGCUGUGCGCGUGUUCACAUUCCCGGCUGACGCUGACAGAAGAAGGCAAUGGUUAAAAGCCAUUCCACGUGCUGAUUUCGUGCCCGGAAAACGCUCAGUGGUCUGCGAACGGCACUUCCGAGCGUCAGACAUUCGGACUUCUUCUAGUUAUGUGGACUCGAAAACAGGCAACGUCGUCGAGGCAAAACUCAAGAUUGCUCGCCUUAGCCCCGAAGCCGUUCCUAGUGUUUUCCCGAACUGUCCCGCGUACCUCUCCGCACCCGCUACAGCCACGUCUCGAGAGGCACCUUGUGAAAAGAGGAUGCGCCUUGAAGCAGCGUCCUUGCGGGAAGCCAUCGCCACAUCACUUCAGACCCACGAGGAGGAAGAAUGAACAAACAACAUCGACACUUUCGAGGCUCUGUUGGAGCGAGUUUCGGGAAUCAAGCUUUCCAGCUUCUGGAAUGUUAUAUCUCGACCCACCAGCGUGGUUUUUUUUUCAGUCUUGCUUCUGUUGAUGCCCC